UGUUUUAACUGAGCAUUUCCGAUUCUUCAUCCAGGUUUGUCGCGCGAUCUGUGACGUCAUUUUGAAGUGACAGCAGUGAGCACUCAUCAGUGAGCAUGUAGAUUUAGUAAAACAUUUAUGUACAUUUAAGGGAAGGAAUUUUAGGUUUUCAUCCUUCAAAAUGGCUGAUUACUGGAAAUCCCAGCCGAAGAAGUUCUGUCAGUACUGCAAGUGCUGGAUCGCAGAUAAUAAACCCAGCGUCGAGUUUCACGAGAGAGGAAAGAACCACAAAGAGAAUGUGGCGGCCAAAAUCGAAGAGAUUAAGAAGAAAAGUCUUGCGAAGGCCAAACAGGAGAAGAAGAUGUCAAAGGAGUUUGCAGCGAUGGAGGAAGCAGCUCUGAAGGCGUAUGAGGAGGAUCUGAAGAGACUCACGGCUCAGUCAACAGGUGAGAGUUUGCCUCCAUCAGAACCUCCUGCUAAACCACAGAAAAAACCCAAAAGACGUCCCCCAAACGUGCCGUCACAAAGCAGCAGCAGCAGCAGCAGCAACCGGCCGGAUGUUUGGGUGGGAGGAACCACAGACGCUGGCCAGGUGUAUUACUACAACACCUUCACAGGAGAGUCUCAGUGGGAGAAACCGGACGGGUUCGUAGGCGAGAUCUCGUCAUCAGCCGUGGGACACACGCAGCAGGAUUCGUCAGACGGUGCGUGGAUGGAGGCCGUGAGUCCUGAUGGAUACAUGUACUACUACAACACUGAGACCGGCGAAUCCAGCUGGGAAAAACCGGAUUGCUUCAAUCCAGAAGACAUUUGCCCUCCUGGUGUUGAAUCUCCUCGUGAAGUGACGGGAGCGUCUGAAAACUCUUCUCCCGCUCAGCCUGAGCCUCUGUCUGCAGCAGAAGACUCGUCUGACCCUCCCAAAGACACACCAGAACCAGAACCAGAACCAGACCAAACCAAACAAACCAGUGGCCCGAAGAUCAGUUUCAGGAAAAGAAAAGACGAGCCGAUCCAAACGUCAUCAGAUGACGGAGGAGAGAAGAACUCUGAUGAUGGAGGAAACGGUGAGGAGAAAGAGGAAGACACGAGCGUCACUGUCGCAGUGAAGGAGGUCGUGACACCUGCCAAGAGACCCAGAAAGAUCAAUCCAUACGGAGCCUGGGAAAAAAUCCAGCCGGAGGAAGAUCCAUAUGAGAAGGUGGAUCUGCAGCUGCCGCAGAUGGAAAGCGCCGCUCCGACUCCAGCCGUCAUCCCGCCAGAGCCCCAGCCCAGGUUUAAGGAGCGCACCAUCACGUCACUGGGGGACGAAGGCAGCGCCGGAGCCACGUUCAAGAAGAGAAAGACUGAGAACGGCAAGUCCAGGAGCCUCCGGCAGAGAGGGAAGGACGAGUAGAAGAUUCUCCAUGGGACUGAGAUCAGCUCUCACUGCAGUCUUUGAGCUUCAUCGCUUUAGAAUUUUUGUAUUUUAUAAAUUGUUGGCAGAUGACUGCCUUUACCUGCUUCAAAAUACUUUUUUUGUGAAUAUUUCCAGGGAUCAGUUUUGCUUUUUGAUGUUUAAGUGAUAUGUCUGGUUUAUGGAAGCUUGUUUUUACCUCAGAAUAAAAAAUAAUUGUUGCAACAAUUACAACUUUCCUCACAGUUGUGAGUUUAUAUCUCAGUGUAUUGCAAGAGUCACAGAUCUUUUUUUAUUCCGUGGCAGAAACAAGCUUCUGUACUGCUGUGAGUGUUUUAGAAUAUUUGUUAUUGUUGGCUUGAAGAAUCAAAGCCAUAGUUUAAUUAAACCUUCAUGUCUUA